CCAACUCGGUGCAACUCAAUCAACACGCUGUCAUGAGAUUGCCCAGACUAUUUCGAUCAAUUUCAUGGUCGACCACCUGGGUAAAAGCGAUCGAUUCAUGCCGACUGGUUGCCGGAUUCCUAUUGAACAAACGAGUCCAAACAAGGUCGUUGCCUUGCCGUUCAAGACUUAUUAAAUUGGCUUCCGCUUCGCCCUGAAGACCAGCAUUCAUCGGUCCCGGAUUCGGUUUGGAUGACGAAGCGAAGAGCCUUCUACGAGAUCUGGGCGAAGAGGAACCGACUCAAGGUAGUCGUUGCCAGGACUCCAGGUUUCUGAUACCAUUUGCAGACCGGUAGAUCUCUUCGAGGAGCCCUUGAAGAGACAUUAAAAUGUCGAAGAAACCCACUAGGAUGGCGCUGGUAGAACGAAAGAAGGCAAGAAUCGCGCCUAACUCUAAGUUCCCGCAAGGUGUGUACACGAUCCAUCCCCCGGACAAGUGUGACCAGACCCUGAGGAGCAGACCUAUUCACCUGAAGAGAUUCACUGCUUACGAGGGUAAAGAGUUUGGCAAGGUUCAGGAAAAGGACGGGAUCCGUAAGUACCUUAUUCCAUCCAAGGAGACCUGUGUGUACCCGAAGAUCAUGACGAAGAAGGAGUUCGAGCAUUUUGCCCAGGUUGCGGCCAGUUAUCGCGGUGCAGCUUCCGAAGAGGAGAAAGAACGAGAAAUGGAGCGCCUUAUAAAGGAAAGUGCGCAGCGCAAAGAUGCGAUCCGUAGAAUGGACAUGAAGAGAGGCUCCAAAGGUGAAAGACUGAACGAGGCAGAAGCUGAAGCGCGGAAGAGGACCAUGCACUUGUUAGAGCGAGCUUUCAAUUUGCAACUGGAGCAAGAAGAGGAGAUCAAAAAGUGCAACAAGCUCAUCCUCGAGACGAAGUGUCGGGCGAUCAGGGACGCUCAGAUAGCGGAGAGAAAUCUUAUCGAGAAGGAAAUGGCAAAAGAAGAGAAACGUCUCAAUGAGGCUUUAGAGAACGAGAGGAGAUGGACUAUCGAAGAGGAGGAGAGAAAGAUUCGAGAAGAUGCAGUUAGGAGACUGAAAUUCGCGAAAACUUUGAAAGAUCAAAUCCAGGAAAACGAGGAACAGCGAAUUCUGGAAUUCGAACGCAAACAGGAGGAGAGUCGAUUGAUUAACUUAAACACUCGGGCUUGGCAGCAACGGGAAUUGGAGAAGCAAAAAAAGAAAGAACUCGAAAAUGCCAAAGUCAGAAGACAAUUGGCUGAAAGCAACGAACAACUUAAACAUUUUAAGGACAUGGAGCGAGAGGAAAAUAGAGUUAUGGAUGCAAGAAUUCAAGAAUUUCAACGCCUGAAAGUAGAAAGAGAGGCAAGGUUAGCUGAACAACAAAGAGCUCAACAAGCAAAGAAAGAACGCGAGAAGGAAAGAAUAGCCGCGCGGACUCUUCAAGCUCACGAAGUACAGGCACAGAUCGAUGAGAUCAAUGCUGCCAGAGUCCAGGAAGAAGUCGAGCGCGAAUGGAGGCGGAAGGAAAAAGAAGAGGCCCUUAAAAAGGCGGAAGCUCAGAAAAUGCUCAAGAUAGCGAGAGAAGAGCAAAUCAAUAAUAAAAGAAUUAUGCAGGCUUUAGAAAUCGAAAGGGACAGGCAAGAAUUUGAAAAAGUACUUGCCGUGCAGAAAGAGGCUUUCUGUCGGGAGGCACAAGAAAAACAGAAAAAACAACAGCAGUCAUUGAUUCAUCGCAGUGAAAUUUUGAAACAGGUUAAUGAAAAGGAGAGAGAGAGAAUUGCAGCGAGGCAGAGGACCUUCGAAGAGGGAGUGGCUAUUCGGACAGAAGCAGAAAUGCGGCGGAAGAAAUUGAAGGAAGCAAUGGAACGCAAGUGCAAAGAGAUGACAGAGAACGGAGUUCCUCGUGUGUACAUUGACGAAGUGAAACGCAUGAUUGAAACCGUUUAAUAACAAGUGCACAUAUGGA